AUGGGCGCCCAACCGAGGGGACGGUGUGAGGUUUGGCGAGCCCGAUGGGCGCUGAUCCUUUCGUGCAUCCUGGCCGCUCGCGCGUGCCUCUGUCGCGAGGUGAAUGUCUUCAGGGCGGGGGCGGUGCUCACCGAGAGGGGCCAGGGGCACACGGACGAGAUGCAGGAGGCCAGGGAGGGCUACGAGCUCUUCGUGCAGCGGGCGAGCUUGUUGAAUAACGGAAAGGGCUUCCGUGUGAGGGGGCGCGAUGGGGCGGAGCUGUUUUUCAAGUUUCGGUUCGUGUCGAAGGACGACGGCGGGGACGCGAGGCGCCACGAGUUGGAGCUCAUGGACCUGCUGCACGGCGACGAGGCCGUUCACUUUGUCUUCGGAUCGCACCCCGAAUUCGCCGAGAGCGAAACAAGAAUAUGCCAGAACGCAAGCCGCUUGAACUACCACUGUUGUGUGGGGCCCGAUGAAAUCUACAGCCAGGGAUUCGAGUAUGUCUUUGGCAUACCAGCCAGCAACACAAGGUACACUCAACUGGCACUGCGACGCAUGGCCCUAAGGAACCUGCAGAAAGUGGCAAUCAUAUAUCGAGAGGACAACCCAUUCACAAGAACGACAUGUGAGGCUGCAAUUGACUUUGCCACCGACCCCACCAAGUCAUAUUCAGGGGCGUUCAAGCUGAGCAUCACAGAGGUUUACAACAGGACAAAGAUUCGGGAGCAGAGGGAGGAGAUUUCAGGGGUUCCGCUACAUGUUGGGGAGGCGCUGGACCUUGAGGCCCACUUCAG